AUGCCGUCGUCUCCCUUUGGCUACACCUCCUACUACCUGCCCCCUGCUCAUCACCACUUCCACUCAUCGUAUCCUGACCAAAUUUCUAUCCCCCAUCACCAGGAUUACCCGAUGUCGCCGCAGGAAUCAUCCAUGUCCCACUCCAUGCAGCCCCCUCCGUCACCAUCCAUCCCGAUCGACCCGGCACUAGCCCUCUAUCCCCCCUACUACUCAUACCAACAACAAGCCCAGCAUAUCCCUCACCACCUCUCAUUGCCGCCUAACUACUCUUCUCCCUCAUCAAAUGGAUCGGACACCAUUGGUACACCGCCAAUUGAGCAUAUGUCUUUCUCGUCGAACGGGAACGGCAAGCGCCCAGCUUCUGCUGCCGCGAGUAAUGACAGUCGUAAGAAAGUUAGAAAGGAUGAUGAUUUGGACGUGGCCCGCAGUCCGACCAUUGAGAAGGAAGAACCAAAGGCAAAACCUACAAGAGGAUCACGCGCAUGCACUGUUUGCCGUCGCCUCAAGAUGAAAUGCGUGGGCGCCGAGCAAGGUCCUCCCUGCAAACGCUGUCAAUCUGGUAAUCACGAAUGUAUUUUUGAGGAAUCAAAUCGAGGAAAACGAUCAUCGAAAAAGCAUGAAUUAUUGACUCGAUCAUUGAGGAAGAUGGAGAAGACCUUGGACACAGUCCUGCGAUCUAUUGGAAAUCCUACGAUAGCUUCGGGAAUGAUUUCACGAUCACCCUCCCCCAGCGCUCAAACGGUGACGACGCAAGCCUUAUUAGGCUCAACGCCAUCACCUCCUGCCUCACCCUUUCCCCAUGGGCAACGGCCUGGUUCACCUAAGCUUCAUUCACUACCGGACAACGCUCUCAACCCCUUGGGCUUGCUGGCCGAAGCAAGUCUUGCCAACCGCAGAGCCACCGUUAGCAAUUCGGCGGCACUCGCAGCUCGUCCUUCGUCCAAGGAUGGCCCCCAGUCGCUUGGUGUUGCGAGUGCCAACUACUUCAGGCCUGGGCCCAUGACCAUUCUCCCCUUGCGGCGAUUAUACAUCGAGCGCCAGGUUCAACCUGAAAUGCUCAGCUUCACCACCACAGAAGAAGUCGUUGCCUUAUUCAAUAUGUUCGUCUCCCAUAAUGGUCGCCAUAUGUUCGCAAAUAUCUUGGAUCGUAAUUUCCACACGCCGUCACUUGUGUGCUCGCGUUCUCCAUUCUUGUUGACCACGAUAUGUACUGUCGCCAGCAAAUUCUAUACUCAAAAGCCAGACCUUCAUACGAAGUUAUCAGAGCUAGCGAAGAAGCUGUCUUUCAGCGUCCCCGCAAGGGGAUACAAGUCGGUUGAAAUCGUUCAGGCGUACAUACUACUGGCCCUCUGGGGAUGUGGAGCCGUCGAACGAUAUGAACAAGACAAAACGUGGCUCCUGCUUGGUAUGGCUAUAAGAAUGGCAACUGAUUUGAACCUCCACCGCAAGACUGCUGUCACGAGCGAGGACACAGAAGAGGGUAGAGCACGAGACAUCGAAGUCCACAACCGUGAACGAACGUGGUUAAUGUGCUUCUGCUUGGACCGCAGUUUCAGCGCGCAGAUGGGGAAACCUCAUUCAAUUAAGGAAGAUCAUAUCAUUCGCAACGCGAAGCUGUGGUGUCGUUCACCCUUGUCAAUACCAACGGACACGGGCCUUGCGGGAUAUGUCGACCUUCAAAGGAUCCUUUCACGAUGCCUCGACGUUCUAUACUCAGGCACAAAUACAGCUUCGGGGCUGCAAGUUGAUAUGGAUUACAUGCUCGUCAUCAAAACCAUGGAAUCCCAAAUAAUUAAUUGGAGUGCUGAGUGGUCUACCAUGAGGCAGGAGAGCAACGCUCGACUUCCUCCGCGGAUGAUCCAGUACCGCGAUCUUAUUUCGCAGUUUUACUUCCAUUAUGCGAUGUUGGUUUUGAAUGCGUUCGGCCUUCAACAUGCGCUUGAGCGUAACCAUGUGGAUAUGAGCCACUUCUUCGCCCGAUGCCAUUCAUCUGCCGCUGCCUGCGCAACCAUUGUCCGUGAUCACCUUGGACCUUGCGGUUUCGUCACCCACGCGCCUGACUCCCACUGUGUUUUGACUUCAUACGCCGUUCUUACACUGCUCAAGCUCAUACGCCCUGAGUUCCAAGCUUUCUUGGACGAUGAGCAGAAGACGCUGAAGCUGGUGAACGAUAUCGCUGAUCUGUUUGAGAAUACGGCAACGAGUCCUACGCACACACCAGCGCUUUACAGUGGUUUCCUCCGCGCGCUUAUCUCAGCGAGGAUAGACACGAACAACGCUUCUGCGGAUGCUCCGCAAGAUUCAUCGUCUACCGAUAACAAACAGCCAGAGGCAUCGCGGCCGUCGUCGUCUCAUCGUCCAACCACUGCGGACUUCAACCCACCAAUUCAAACGGGUGGCCACUUCAGCACGCAAGGGCUGAAUUUCGACUUGGCCGAAUUCCAGUUUGAUAGUGAGAUGGGCCCCGUCGCUGACAUAUCAACGUUCCCACCCACGAUGGCUGCCAACCCGCCGGAAGAUGCCCUUGGUGCUCUCACCAUGGAUAACUUCCUCACGACUGGAUUCUGGGACAGUGUCCUUGUACCAGGUAUGCGUACGAUGGAGGCUCUGAGCGGAGGCUUCGUGUUUGGCGCACACGGCAGUGGGAUGAUCACUCCUCGACUUGGGAUAACGCCGGUGCAGUCCGGGACCAACACCCCUUCGCGAGGGCAUGCUAUGAGCGAGCUCAACCAAAACACCAUCAAUGCCGCCUUCAACACACCUUCCGUCCCUGUAGAGAUAACGAGUAACUCGCCCAAAACGGAAUCCUCAUGA